GUUUGAUCUGGAGAUGGGAAGGAAUCUGGAGGAUACCGUCCCGCGGUUUGUAACUAGCAACCGAGUGUUCCUUCCUUGGUGUCACUGCAGCAGGCAAAAAGUUACCUGGGUACUUAGUAUAACCAAAGCGAUACCGCAGAUCAGGAACAAUUCCGGGUGAGGCAAAGGGUACCCGCGUUUCUACAACCCAUCCACUUCAACAGGCCGAGUAGGAGAUCAUGUUUUAUUUCUCUAAUGGGAUCGUUGUUCCGUUUCUAGCUGUCCACGAAAAUCAUUGCAGGUCAAAAAUGGCAGACCCCCAAGAAAUUAGAGUUGACCAUCCUCGACACGUCCUCUAUCAGGUUGCCACAGCAAUGAACGGCCGGCAUAAUGAUCUAUCUGUCACGCUCCCUGCCCAUUCAGCAUGGAAGACUGCCAUCCAGGCUGCCGAAGAGGCCAUGGUCGUCGAGGUUUACGAGAUAUGGCGCUUGACUUGGCAGAAAACAAUGUCAACACGCGAAUAGUAGGUCCAUCGAGAAUGAACUAUGGCCGCCCGAUCCGGACAAAUACUGAUGUACAAAAUUCCACCCCCUCCCUGAAUCUGAGAAGACACGUCAGAGUAUUUUAGGCAACUGCAGUAUUUUCUGCUAGUUGUAGCUGCCUAUCUCUAUUUCCAGGCCAAUGGGAUUGCAUAUAUCCGGAUGUGGCAUCUAUGGGUUACCGUGGACCUCAUGGUAACAGUAUGUCUUAGAAGCUGUUAGGGUUACAUGGGCAUGACCAGGUUGUUGUAUUGUGUGCUUGGUCAUGUUAUGUGACUUUGUGUUGGUCAAAUUGGGCCUUUAUUAUUGUUUGGGGUGGGAACCCUGUUUUAAAAAGGACCCCCCAGGAUUUUACGCACUGGGAUCACACUGAGUACCCCCAUGAAGGUGGUGCCAUCCCGAAAGUGAAA